UUUAUGGUCGGACUUAACAUCGUUUUGCCUAAGGUUUGUGUUUUCAGUUUUGGAACUUUAAUAAUUAGGCGGCACAGCGAAAAGUAAUCGCAUAAGCCAAAAGCUCUUUGCCAAAGCAGCUUCCACCAAACACAAAAUCGAAAGUUGCGCUGGCGCACACGACGAUGACGACGAGAGCCGAAGCAACCGCUUACCGUUAGACGCUACCCUUGAAAGCUUGCACGACAAGCACGCGACGAUGGCAACAGCAAUGGUAACAGCAAUGGCAACGGCGUCUGCGUCUCAAGUGGAUGGCGCGCUUGGAAAAAACUGCACUUCAGUUUCAGUGCGAUUUUUCGACCGAACGCAGACGGUUGAUCCAACUCCAAAUCAAAUCAAAUAAAUUGAGAGAAAAAAAAAAAGAGCAAAUACAACCCAAAAUCGUUAAAGAUGUCGAUGCUGAACAACAACAGCUCUGCGCUGCUGAGGAUGCUGGCAACGUUGUUGUUGCUGCUUGGCGUUGCGUUGGCCAUUGAAGUGCAGAAAUUUGGACACCUGUAUAAUCCACCGCAAUCGGAGCAUCAUGCACCACGCCACGAGGACAAACAGGAUUUGAAUAAAAUACCCGGUGUGGCCGGAGUCGAUUAUCCGAUCUAUCACGAAGUGCCGCACACGCAAUUCAGUUGCCACAACGUGCCCGCUGUGCCGGGCAUGUAUGCCAACGUAGAGACUGGCUGCCAGGCCUAUCACGUUUGUCACGAUGGACGCGAGGGUCACCAGGGUGCUUCAUUCUUGUGCACCAACGGCACAAUAUUCAAUCAGAAGGAAUUCGCCUGCGACUGGUGGUACAAUGUGAAGUGCGAGGAAGCCACCAGCCUCUAUCAUUUGAACGCCGACCCGGAACACAAUCCUUAUAUUCCCAAGAAGAAGCCUGAACUUGAACUUGAGCAUGCCGUGCACGAUGUGCAUAAUGGCGCUGGAUUUCUAAUACACGCAUAAUUUUCACUUCACAUUUCACUUGCACUAUUUAAAUUCAUUUCAAAAUUUUUCACUCCGCAAUAAAAUUUGGUUUACGAUG